AUGGCGUGGUGGAAGGCCUGGAGUGAAGCAGAGGGCAAAUCUGUGACAGGUGCUUUAAACUUUGACCCCACACCUGAUGCUCAGACUCUGUACAAAGCUAUGAAAGGGCUUGGGACUGACGAACAAGCUAUAAUUGAUGUCCUAACCAAGAGGAGCAAUAUGCAGCGUCAACAGAUUGCCAAAUCCUUCAAAGGACAGUUUGGAAAGGAUCUCAUUGAAAGCCUGAAGUCUGAACUGAGUGGUGACUUUGAGAGGCUCAUUGUAGCUCUCAUGUACUCCCCAUUCAAGUAUGACGCCAAGGAGCUCCAUGAUGCCAUGAAGGGUGUAGGAACAAGUGAAGAUGUUAUCAUAGAGAUCCUGGCAUCCCGGACAAAAGCACAGAUCAAAGAGAUAAUCAAGGCUUACAAAGAAGAAACAAGUGGCUACUUUGAACAGAUUCUGGUUUGCCUUCUUCAGGGUGAGAGGGACAAUGCCACUCUCUACGUGGACACAGCACUGGCUCUCCAGGACGCAGAGACUCUUUAUGCUGCUGGGGAGAAGAUACGGGGCACCGAUGAGAUACAGUUCAUCACCAUCUUGUGCACAAGGAGUGCCACGCACUUGCUGAAAGUGUUUGAAGAAUACCAGAAACUGGCCGGUAAGAGCAUAGAAGACUCCAUCAAGAGUGAAACCCAUGGUUCACUUGAGGAUGCCAUGCUGGCUAUUGUGAAAUGCACCAGGAACGUCCAUUGCUACUUUGCAGAGAGGCUGUACCAUGCUUUAAAGGGGGCUGGCACCCGUGAUGGGACUCUUAUAAGGGUGAUCGUUUCUCGAAGUGAAGUUGACUUAAAUCUUAUAAAAGUUGAAUUCAAGCAUAUUGCAGGAAAGUCUCUCUCCAGUAUGAUUCUGGAUGACACCAGUGGCGAUUACAAGACAGCCUUACUGAAUCUCUGUGGCAGUGACUGA